UUCUGGAGAUUUGCGCAUUUCCACAUCUUCCCUCCAUUCAUGAAAACCUGAAAGUGUUCCCUUUUUUUGUCUUAUCAGAGGUGUUUUUUUUAAUCACAUACUCCAGAUUCUCAUCUUAAAAAACUUUUGAUUUCAUCAGAAACAUUUGCGAAAAAUUCAGUGUACCGGAGACACUAUGAAAAAUAUUAUCUAAGUUAUUCCAACUGGACAACGGUCGCAGAAUUUCGAUUCAUCGUUUCUCAAAGUAUCUCUGUAUGGGAGGAACUGCGGUUGUCUGCGAAAGAGCAGAUUCGUAAAUAAUAAAUGUGGGGACGUCCAUUUGGUUCUUUUCCCCCUAAAAAUUCAAGUUUUUCCUUUGGCUUUGAUAUCGUAUAAUACGUUAGGGCAGUUUAUAUCGCGCGAUUUCCCUAGAAUUGUCGGAGUGUCUGUAGGCUGCAAUUUAUUCUUGACGAUGUCCGGUGAUAGAAAAUGCUCCGAAUAUUUUGCGUAUCGUCAAACCACCAAAGUACUGCUCUACACGAUGGGUUUGUGGCCGGUAAAAAAUCCAAGUCUAUUCUACCGUCUUCUGCCAUACACUUGUAUUUUUGUUUCGUCGGUAGCAACAUUUGCUAUACUGGGAUUUAUUCUUCAUCACAUAGCACAUGUCCCAAUCCUAGUGAAAGGCAUGAGCAUUGGGACUAGUCUCAUGUCAGGAAUCAUAAAAAUACUUUGUUUGCUCAUCCAUCGCAAAGAAGCUGCAAAUCUUCAUUACAUUCUUGAUAAGAACUUUUCAGCGGGUCUCAGUGAUAAAACAUUAUCUAAACUCAUUUUGUCUGGUAUUACCACAGUUCGACAAUUAUGUUGGACCCUAAUACCAACGGUCUUCCUCACGAUAGGUGUCUACAUCGUCACUCCCAUCCUAAAUAUUAUUCACCAAAAACGCCAUAGCAUUCACCCAGUUAAAUACUCUCUCAUUUACCCUGGAGUAUAUCCUUGGAAUAUUCCAUACGGAAUAAUCUAUCACAUUCAUUUCAUCAUCGAAACCUUAGCUUCGAUAACAAUAUUUUGUGUUACUUGUGGAGUAGAUGCCCUCUUCGCUUAUUAUGUUUUCCAAAUAAUUGGACAGCUUCGUAUAAUGUCCCAUCGACUGACCCAUCCCAACCCCCAGGAAAAUAUGGGACUAGUCAUAAAACGAUGUGUUGAAGAAUACGAACUGUUGCUACUCUGUCGUGAUUCAAUGCAAAAGAUCUUUGGGCCUAUUAUCUUGUGGAUGAUGGGGACAAAUGCUGUGGUUUUGUGUGCCCUGAUAUUCCAGUUGUCUCAGCAAGUGAAACACAUAUCUGUUGGUCGAUGGAUCCUCAUCAUAUCCUAUCUUAUUCUAAAAGUAACGCAGACCUACAUCUACAGCUGGUCUGGAUCAUCAUUGAUUACUCAGAGCCAAAAGUAUCGUCAGGCUAUUUACGAAACAGACUGGAUAUCGAAACCAGAUACCAUGUCCUCGAUCGUCAUCAUGCUCAGCCAGAAACCACUUCACCUAAAAGCUUGCAGGUUCUUUAUUGUUUCUAUUGAUAUGUUCGUCGUGAUUCUCAACACAACAAUCUCUUACUACUUUCUACUUCAAACGUUGGCACAGAAAUCUUGAGUAGUUCGAGGAAACAUGAAUUCCUGGAAAUUAUCAUUAGUUUUUUGUCAACUGUGGUGUUCUAUACACCAACUUAAAUUAUAUCUGCAGAAACUGUAUGAGUCCUUCACAGGAUGUCUGAAAACUGAAAGUUUUCCUUGAGGUAGCGACAGAGAAUAGGACUUGAAAACGAAAGUCACGUCUUCGAUCAACAAUCCAUUAGUAAAAAUGUACUUUACUAUCAGAAAACGGGAUUUUCUCUCGUAUAUAGUGUCAAACCGCUAAUUAUGUCAUUACCGAUCACAUUCGCAGCAAAAGGAAACACUCCUCUUUGUACAUUUUAUCAAUAACAUUUUUUGUGCCCAGAAUUUCUGAAUUAAAGACUCGUAGAGAAUGAUACGAUGAAAUCCGAGGGUUGACAAUGUUACAGUAAAUGAUC